AUGUCUCAAGACCGCUCUGAACGGAAAGGUUCGCAAAUAGUUCACGUUCGUGAAAAUAGUGACAGUGAUAUGGACGCACUUUUCAGUUAUGGCUUAAAUCCAACCCCGGACUCAAAUAAGUCGAUUCCUCUUCGGAUGCGUAAUCUUCCAGCGUCAUUCUUCCAACCACCCGAGCCACAUCAAGCUGGUAAGGAAGGCAGUACAGAUUCUACGGGAUAUUCUUCUUCAAAUCCAACCAGUACACCGAACUUUUCUGUUAAUCACACACGAGUGAGAUCGUCCCCUGCCAGUUUAUCACAGGGACAGACCCUCAGCACCGCUCCCCCUCCCCCAUGCUCACAACAUGUGAGACAACACAGUUAUGAUCUCGCAGAAGAACCCUUGCCCCCUGGAUGGAGCAUAGGAGUAACCCAUGUGGGUCAAAGAUACUUUUUGAAGUGA